GGGCGUGCUUUUGACGCCGGGUCUUCCGGGACUUGUGCUUUCCAGUUUCCUUCCGACCCACGGGUGAGCCACUGAUCAGAAGUGCCUGUCAAGAUGGAAGUGAAUCCUCCCAAACAGGAGCACCUGCUGGCUCUAAAAGUGAUGCGAUUGACUAAGCCUACUUUGUUCACCAACAUUCCUGUAACAUGUGAAGAGAAAGACUUGCCUGGUGAUCUCUUUAACCAGUUAAUGAGAGACGAUCCUUCAACUGUAAAUGGUGCAGAGAUUUUAAUGUUGGGAGAAAUGUUGACUUUACCCCAAAAUUUUGGGAAUAUAUUUUUGGGAGAGACCUUUUCCAGUUAUAUCAGUGUUCAUAAUGACAGCAAUCAAGUUGUAAAAGAUAUACUGGUGAAGGCGGAUCUUCAGACAAGUUCUCAGCGUUUAAACCUUUCAGCCUCCAAUGCUGCCGUGGCUGAGCUUAAACCCGAUUGUUGUAUUGAUGAUGUCAUACACCAUGAAGUCAAGGAAAUUGGAACACACAUCUUGGUGUGUGCUGUGAGUUAUACAACUCAGGGCGGAGAAAAAAUGUACUUCAGAAAAUUCUUCAAAUUUCAGGUCCUCAAACCAUUGGAUGUGAAAACCAAAUUUUACAAUGCAGAGAGUGACCUCAGUUCUGUGACUGAUGAAGUCUUUCUCGAAGCUCAAAUUCAGAACAUUACAACCUCACCCAUGUUUAUGGAGAAAGUGUCACUGGAGCCGUCAAUAAUGUACAAUGUAACAGAAUUAAAUUCGGUGACCCAAGCCGGGGAAUGUGUAUCUACAUUUGGAUCCAGAGGAUAUUUGCAGCCAAUGGAUACACGCCAGUACUUAUACUGCCUAAAGCCCAAGAAGGAAUUUGCAGAAAAAGCUGGCAUCAUUAAAGGCGUAACAGUCAUUGGAAAAUUGGACAUAGUGUGGAAAACAAACCUAGGUGAAAGGGGACGGUUACAGACCAGCCAGCUUCAAAGAAUGGCUCCAGGUUAUGGAGAUGUUAGGCUAUCUUUAGAAGCCAUCCCAGAUACCGUGAACCUAGAAGAACCUUUCCAUAUUACCUGUAAAAUCACAAACUGCAGCAGUGAGAGGACGAUGGACCUGGUCCUGGAAAUGUGCAAUACUAAUUCUAUCCACUGGUGCGGGAUUUCGGGAAGACAGCUAGGAAAGCUGCAUCCAAGCUCCUCACUCUGCCUGGCCCUGACUCUCCUGUCUUCAGUACAGGGGCUCCAGAGUGUCUCUGGCCUAAGACUCACUGACACAUUCUUAAAGAGAACAUAUGAAUACGACGACAUUGCGCAAGUCUGUGUGGUCUCGUCAGCCGUGGAAGUGGAAGCCUAAGGAAAAUUCCUAAUGUUAAAUUUCUUGUUUAAUCACAGAACUGUUCCCUGUAUUUUGUCAGCUUUGUGAAAUGAUGAACAGCAAAAAUAAGUAUAUGUUAUUUAAAUUUGUUUUCUGUAAAACAGUUAAAUAGUAAAUAUUUGUUGUAAAAGCA